AUGGAAGGCCCCAGACCGCAUCUCCAGAAUCCAAUUAUGGGUACAACAAUCGACACAAGUCCCAAGGCGCUUGGACUCGUCUUGGACGCGCGGGAUGAAGAGGAUUCGCCCGGUGUCGUCGAUCGCAUCAUCCGCAAAUCAUCUCAAAUAAAAAAGUCUGGUCAUCGCAAGUUAAACAGUAUUUCUCGCAAGGCAAAGGGCCCUCCUGCGAAUGAUGAACAUCCUGAAGAGCGUGUAGAUGAGCUCGAGAAGACUCGUAGAGAGUCCAAGGUGUCGCUGGAUGACGCAGGGAGCUCAUACCCACCCUCGCGCCCCUCGCUUAAUUUCCGUGGCGAAGGCUCCCUGAGAAUGGGCACACAGACGCUAAUACAGGCCCUCCAGGCCAUUCCAUGGGCUGAGGCCGAAGGAGGCGUACCAGACAAGGAUGAUAGCGACGAAAACGACGCUGAUAAACCAGGUGUGUGGCCGUCUACGUGUCUACACGUCGUGCACGCAAUUCCAGUGCAAACAGGCAAACUCAUUCUUUUCGUAGCAUUCACCCUUUCGUCCUCUAUCCACACAAUUCAUCGACCAGUGGCUCGGUUCCGCAGGCAGUCGACCGCAGUGGACACCGCCUCCCCGGAGAAUGACAGUCCAGAUGAAGAAGAUGAAGACGACUUUGAUCCUGACGCGCUCCCUCUGGGUGCCUCAGCUCCCCGCCCUCCCUUGCACACAAACGCAACGGCCCGCCAAAGUGAACUCCCUACCCGCACAAUAAUGCGCCGAAGUACAAGUCUUGCCACUGUCAAAGUCCAACGUCGAGCGAGGCUCGCUGAGAAGCUGAAAGAGGUCUUUGAUGUCCCCGAAAUUGGCGAAGUCAUCGCAGAGAUGCCUUGCUGGCUCCUGCGGUCAGUCUUAUUGCAAGGCUACAUGUACUUGACAAAUUCGCAUAUUUGCUUCUUUGCUCACAUGCCCUCGCGGGAGAAUCAAGUGCUCAAGUCGGGUAGUCUCUCCAAGAAGGCCCAACGAACGAAACGAUGGAACAAGCACUGGUUCGUGCUGAAGAACGAUGCGCUCACGUGGUUCCAUUCAUCUGCGGACCCCUAUUUUCCCCAUGGAGUUGUCGACUUGAGAUAUGCUAUUGCUUGCGAGCCACAUGGCGAGAAGGGCUUGCGGAUUCGUACCAACCAGCGUACGGUCAAUCUCGAUGCAGACUCGAUUCCCAGCAGAGAUGAAUGGGUCAAGGCUAUCCGAAAGGUCAUUUUCCAGGCUCAGAAUCAUGGAGAUAGUGUCAAGAUUGCUAUCCCUUACUCUGCAGUAGUCAAUGUCACCAAAUCAAAGGCCAUGGAUUUCAGCGAAACAAUCGAGAUCAAGGUUGUCGACAAGGAAGACGAUUGCCUGGAUUCAUACUUUUUCGCCUAUUUCCACAGCAUCGACCUCGCUGUAGAGCAAAUUCGUGCUGCCUUGAAAGAGGCAAAGGAGUCGCCUAUGAUCAAGCUUGUACAAGAUACGGUCAAGGACACGACAUCUCACAAGACAUCGACCGCUUUGCCGCUCGUGCAUGAGCUCGACAAAGUGGUCAGCGCACCGACGCCGUCCUCCACUUCGAGUACACUGUCAUCGGUGCGUGACAGUGUGCGCGAUAAGUUGUCCACGCCUGUAGGAAAGCUCAACUCUCUGCUACGACCGGGACAUACGACACCUGAUUCGCGCCCGACGUCGACAAUGUCUACGGAGAGCUCUCCUAUUACGGUGACGGCAUCUCCCAAGAGCGCUGCCGAAAAGAUGCCAGGGGAUCAUACGUAUCCUCCGAGCUUGGUCCACCAUAACGUCAGUGAUUCGAGCACCAAGAGUUCGUGGAGCGUGCCGGUUGGCGUCCCGAAUUGGAUCAAGAACUCUUCGAAGCACUUUUUCACGUCAUCGCCCGAGGUCGGUCCUGGCACGGUCAAGGUCGAUACAAAGGAUGUAGGAGGCAUUCACACGUCGGCCCAUCAGUCUACUGGAGAUCAUGGAGACUUUGGGUUCUCGAUUGUGGAUGGGCUGGACUCUGCUUUGGAUCCUGCGACUGUGGACAAGUUUAGGGCCGCGUUUGCCUUCGAUGAACGUGAAACGCUACUUGCCGAGAUUCCCGGGUAUCUUUUCCGUGUUUUGCCAGUGUUUGGACGUGUCAACAUCUCUUCUAAUUACUUCUGCUUCCGAUCUUCGCAGCCGUUGACGAAGACACGGAUGAUGAUUCCUAUUCGGGAUAUUCUCUCUACCGAGAACGCCAAAGCGUUCCGAUUCGGACAUCAUGGCCUUGCAGUCGUCAUCAAAGGACAUGAAGAACUCUUUUUCGAGUUCAGUUCUAUAGAGAGACGAAAUGCUUGUGCGGCCUUGCUGGACAAAUUGGUAGACGAACUUCGCGAGAGACAGCGCUCUGGGCUCCCAACGCGGCCUGCUCUGGAAAGACCAGAGUCGCUGCUACUAGAGACAACAGAGAGAAGGUCUAGUGUCGAUACAGAUGAUGAUACAGAGCCAAAGCCACCGCCAGAAGGCUCGGACAACAUACCAGCAGUCAUGUUCACCUCGGUUGGGUCGACAUUCCUCACUUUCAAGCCUCAGGAAUCUCUGAGAUUCACAUGUCUCACCAUUGGCUCUCGAGGAGAUGUUCAACCUUACAUCGCUCUUGCCAAAGGACUGCAAGCCGAUGGACACAAAGUCAAGAUUGCCACUCACCUAGAAUUCAAAGAUUGGGUUGAAGGGCACGGCAUUGAGUAUGGAUACGUUGGAGGUGAUCCGGCUGAGCUCAUGAGAAUUUGUGUGGAAAACGGUACGUUUACCGUUGCUUUCCUAAGAGAGGGCUUGGCCAAGUUCCGUGGGUGGCUCGAUGACCUUCUCAAGACGUCCUGGGAAGCGUGUCAAGGCUCGGAUGUUCUCAUUGAGAGUCCCAGCGCGAUGGGUGGUAUCCACAUUGCCGAAGCCCUGCAAAUACCGUAUUAUCGUGCCUUCACCAUGCCAUGGACGCGGACGCGUGCAUAUCCCCACGCAUUUGCAGUUCCCGAUACCAAGAUGGGUGGGAGUUAUAAUUACCUGACCUAUGUCAUGUUUGAUCAAGUGUUCUGGCGAGCCAUCUCAGGCCAAAUCAAUCGAUGGCGCAAGCAACUGUUGGGUAUUCCGGCGACAACCAUGGACAAACAAGAAGCACACAAAGUGCCGUUCCUAUACAAUUUCAGUCCUACUGUCGUUCCACCGCCCUUGGAUUGGUACGAGUGGAUAAGAGUUACAGGCUAUUGGUUCUUGGACGACUCCGAGAACUCGCUCGAGAAGAAGUGGGAGCCACCCGCUGGCCUCGUUGAUUUCAUGGAGAAAGCGCGCUCCCAGAAGAAGAAGCUCGUCUAUAUCGGCUUUGGAUCUAUUGUCGUCUCGGAUCCGGAUGCUAUGACCAAGUGCGUCAUUGAAGCUGUCCGGGAGAGCGGAGUGUACGCCAUCAUGUCCAAGGGAUGGUCGGAUCGACUUUCCUCGAAGAAGCAUGACACACACGCAGCAGAGGCGGUGCCACCUCUCCCUGAGCAGAUAUAUAACAUUACCUCAGUCCCUCAUGACUGGCUAUUCCGACAGAUAGACGCAGCUUGUCAUCAUGGGGGUGCUGGAACCACUGGAGCUAGUCUUCGGGCUGGUAUACCGACGAUCAUCAAGCCCUUCUUUGGAGACCAGUACUUCUGGGCCGACCGCGUAGAGGCGCUCGGUAUUGGUACCGGUGUCCGAAAGUUGACAGUCGAGAAUCUGACUGCAGCGUUGAUCACUGCGACUACCGAUGUCAAGCAGAUCGCGCGAGCCGAUGCUGUUGGAAAGGCAAUACGAUCAGAGAACGGCGUUGCCAAUGCUGUCGAGUCUAUUUAUAGGGAUUUGGAGUACGCUCGGUCUAUCAUCAAACGAUACUCGCACGAGACCCCACUGCAGGAGGAGACAGACACAGAAUGGGAAGUGCCGCAUAAGCCCGGUGGAGAAGGCUCAACCAGGGCGUUGAGCGAUGAUUGGAACAUGGUGGAUGAAGCACAUCCGGAGAAUUCCAAGGAGGCAGGGACACUCUCACCUCUGAAGCGUAUGUCUAUGGGACUGAGUGCACUGACACUCCAUCCCAAGACGACUAAUAUUUCUACAUGA